AUGCUGGGGAGUUUGGUGGAUGAUCGUUGUGUGGUGCAGCCGGACACUGGAGACUUGAGCAACCCUCCAAAGAAGUUCAGAGACUGCCUGUUCCGGGUGUGUCCCAUGAGCCGUUAUUCUGCUCAGAAGCAGUUCUGGAAAGCUAAACAGGGGAAACCAGGAUGUAACAACACUCAGGCCGACCUCUUCAAGAAGCUACAGCACGCGGCGGAGCUGGAGCAGAAACAAAACGACUCUGAGAAUAAAAAACUUUUGGGAGAAAUCGUCAAAUACAGCAACGUAAUCCAGCUUCUUCACAUAAAGAGCAACAAGUUCCUGACGGUGAACAAGCGUCUGCCCGCGCUGCUGGAGAAGAACGCCAUGAGGGUUUCUUUAGACCCCGACGGGAACGAGGGCUCCUGGUUCAACAUCCAACCGUUCUGGAAACUCCGCAGCGAAGGAGACAAUGUGGUGGUCGGAGAUAAAGUGGUCCUGAUGCCGGUGAACGCCGGGCAGCCUCUGCACGCCAGCAACAUCGAGCUCCUGGACAACCGCGGCUGCAAAGAGGUCAACGCUGUCAACUGUAACACAAGCUGGAAAGUGACUUUGUUCAUGAAGUUCAGCGACUACAGAGAAGACAUCUUAAAAGGAGGUGAUGUCGUGAGACUGUUCCACGCGGAGCAGGAGAAGUUUCUCACUUCAGAUGAAUAUAAGAAACAGCAGCACGUUUUUCUUCGCACGACUCUGCGGCAGUCGGCCACAUCUGCCACCAGCUCCAAGGCUCUGUGGGAGAUCGAGGUCGUGCACCAUGACCCCUGCAGAGGAGGAGCUGGACAGUGGAACAGUCUUUUCCGCUUCAAACACUUGGCCACAGGGAACUACCUGGCAGCUGAAAUAAACCCUGAAUUCAAAGAUGACUCUGAGCCCAAAGCAGAAAUUGAAAACGGUUCAGUUUUCUCCAAGAGGAAGAAUCAGGCGCUGGAGAAGAUCGCCUUCACUUUAGUUUCUGUGCCUCAUGGAAACGACAUCUCUUCACUGUUCGAGCUCGACGCCACAACACUGCAACGAGCAGACUGUGUGGUGCCCAGAAACUCGUACGUGAGACUGCGGCACUUGUGCACGAACACAUGGGUCACCAGCACCAGCACCGCCAUCGACAUGGAGGAAGAGCGGCCCGUCAUGCUCAAGAUUGGCACGUGUCCCGCCAAAGAAGACAAAGAGGCGUUCGCCAUCGUGUCCGUGGCUCGCUCCGAAGUCCGAGAUUUAGAUUUUGCAAACGACGCAAACAAAGUCCUGGAGUCGACUGUGCAGAAGCUGCGAUACGGAAACAUCACUCAGAACGAACGCAGGUUUGUGACGAAGCUUCUGGAGGAGCUGAUCUUCUUCGUGUGUGUGGUUUCAAACAACGGUCAGGACGUUCUGUCGGUCGCUACGUCGGCGCCAAACCGCGAGCGCCAGAAGCUGAUGAGGGAGCAGAACAUCCUGGAGCAGAUCUUCGGGAUCCUCAAAGCUCCGUUCGAGGACCAGGGCGAGGGUCCGAUGCUGCGUCUGGAGGAUCUGGGCGACCAACGCUACGCUCACUUCAAAUACAUACUGCGCCUCUGCUACAGGAUCCUGCGCCACUCGCAGCAGGACUAUCGCAAGAACCAGGAGCACAUAGCCAAGAAGUUCUCAAUCAUGCAGUCUCAGAUGGGAUACGAGAUCUUGGCUGAAGACACCAUCACUGCUCUCCUCCACAACAACCGCAAACUACUGGAGAAACACAUCACAGCGAGAGAGAUCGAGACCUUCGUCACCCUGCUCCGCCGCAACCGGGAGCCCAGGUUCUUGGAUUAUCUGUCAGACCUGUGCGUGUCCAACACCACCGCCAUCCCAGUCACACAGGAACUCAUCUGCAAGUUCAUACUGAACGCAGCCAACGCUGACAUCCUCAUCCAGACCAAACUCAUGUCCACAGAGACCCCCCUGGAGUCCAGUCUGCUGCAGGAGGAGGGGGAGGAGGAGGAGGUGUGGCUCUACUGGAUCGAUCACCACAAGGAGCCGCACGGAAAAUCCAUCCGCCACCUCGCCCAGGACGCCAAGCUCAACCACAAGAAGGAGGUGGACACCAUGACCUACUACAGGUACCAGCUGAACCUGUUCGCCCGCAUGUGUGUGGACCGUCAGUAUUUGGCCAUAAACCAGAUCUCCAGCCAGCUCCCCGUGGACCUGAUCCUUCGCUGCAUGUUUGACGACUGUUUGCCCUUUAACCUGCGCGCCGCCUUCUGUCGCCUGAUGCUGCACAUGCACGUGGACCGCGACCCGCAGGAGGCCGUAGUCCCCGUGCGCUACGCUCGCCUCUGGACUGAGAUCCCGUCAGAGAUCACCAUUCACGACUUUGAGUACGAGUUGUCUGACGCCUCACAGGAAGAGAUGAAGAGAAAGUUCUUCCCAAUAAAGGAGUUUGUUGAAGAAUACCUCAAAGAUGUGGUCAGCCAACGAUUCCCCUUUGAGGACAAGGACAAGAACGAGCUGACGCUGGAGGUCGUUAACUUGGCUCGGAACCUGGUUUACUUUGGCUUCUACAGCUUCAGUGACCUGCUGCGACUCACACGCACCCUCCUGGCCAUUCUGGAUAUCGUCCAACACCCGCUCACCUUCAUAAACAAACUCAGCAAGAGCCCAGAGGCCGGUAACAACGUCCUGCGUACGAUCCACGGCGUGGGGGAGAUGAUGACUCAGAUGGUGAUGAGCCGAGGGGUCCCCCACAGUCUCCCCGACUCCCCCCCCUCCCCCAGAUACUCCAAAGGACACUUCCUCCCGGACAGCGAGGACCUGAUGGUGAUGGACACCAAGCUGAAGAUCAUCGAGAUCCUUCAAUUCAUCCUCAGCGUCCGCUUGGAUUACAGAAUCACGUAUUUAUUGUCAAUUUACAAGAAAGAAUUUGGAGAAAAGAACAUAUCGACGGACACGUUCUUCAUCCCCUCGGACCCGGACAUCGACGAGAUCGCUGCUCGAGCCGAGUCCAUGUUCGCCGGAAGCAGUGAGGUGUGUGCUGUGGAGCUGGAUGAUGAAGGAGGCCGGACCUUCCUGCGGGUCCUGAUCCACCUGAUGAUGCAGGACUAUCCUCCGCUGGUCUCUGGGUCUCUGCAGCUCAUCUUCAAACACUUCAGCCAGAGAUCAGAGCUGCUGCAGGCCUUCAAGCAGGUCCAGCUGCUGGUGUCGGAGCAGGAUGUGAAGAACUAUAAACAGAUAAAGAGCGACUUGGACCAACUGCGUCUGACGGUGGAGAAGUCUGAGCUGUGGGUGGAGAAGAGCAGCGAGCUGGGGGCGCGGCCGAGCAAGGAGCAGACCAUUGAGCAGGAGGUGGUGCUGAGUCCAGUCCAGGACGGAGAUCACAAACCACAGAUCGACUGCAACAAAGGAAAUAACUACAACAUUGUAAAAGAGAUCCUGAUGCGGCUCAGUACCAUGUGUAAUCCUAAUAAGAAGAGUCGUGUGCAGCAGCAGAGGCUCCUGAAGAACAUGGGAGCUCACACUGUGGUCCUGGACCUGCUGCAGAUACCAUACGAGCAGACUGAUGAGAAAAUGAACAACAUCAUGAAACUCGCUCACACUUUUCUGCAGAAUUUCUGUAGAGGAAAUCCUCAGAACCAAGUGCUGCUGCACAAGCACCUGAACCUGUUCCUGACCCCAGGAUUGCUGGAAACGGAGACGAUGCGCCACAUCUUUAUGGAUAACUAUCAGUUGUGUCAUGAGAUCAGUGACCGAGUCGUCCACCAUUUUGUUCACUGCAUCGAGACUCACGGGCGCCACGUCCAGUACCUGCGCUUCCUGCAGACCAUCGUCAGAGCUGACGGCAAGUUCGUCAAGAAGUGUCAAGACAAAGUCAUGACGGAGCUGGUGAAUGGCGGAGAGGACGUCCUGGUCUUCUAUAACGAGCGCUCGUCGUUCCCGCUGCUGCUGCAGAUGAUGGGAUCAGAGCGAGAGCGAGCGGACGAGGACGGGGCCCUGGUUUAUCACAUGACGCUGGUGGAGCUGCUCGCCGGCUGCACCGAGGGAAAGAACGUUUACACGGAACUAAAGUGUCACUCGCUGCUGCCGCUCGACGACAUCCUCAAAGUGGUGGCAGACGCUCAGUGCAUCCCAGAGGUGAAAACUGCGUACGUGAACUUUGUGAAUCACUGCUACGUGGACACAGAGGUGGAGAUGAAGGAGAUCUACACAUCCAAUCACAUCUGGAAGCUCUUCGACAACUUCCUGGUCGACAUCUCCAGUGUUUGCAACAGCACCACAGACCGUAACCACGCCAACCAUUCUCUGGAGAAGUACGUGACGGAGACGGUGAUGGCGAUAGUCAAAGGCUUCUUCAGCUCGCCCUUCUCUGUCAACCACUCCAACCUACAGACCAACCAGUCCAUCUUCAUCAAGCUGCUGCAGUCCGCCUUCAGACUCUACAGCUGCUCCUGGAUCUCCUCGGCUCAGAAGGCCAACAUAGAAAGUUGUAUAAAGACUCUGGCAGACGUCGCGAAGGCUCGGGCCAUAGCGAUCCCUGUGGACCUGGACAGUCAGGUCAACACCCUGUCCAAGGUCCACACCAACAUGAUCCACAGAGCAGCCAAGGACUGGAGGACCUCUGCACGGAACCGGCCCCGCAAGGAGGCCUUCGGGGGCCCGGACUACCGCAAUAUCAUCGAGAAGCUCCAGGGCGUGGUGUCCUGUCUGGAGGAACAGUUCAGUCCAAAGGUCCAGGCCGAAUUCUCAGUCCUGGUGGACGUCCUGCACAGUCCAGAGCUGCUGUUCCCAGAACCUGCCAGAGUCCGCUGUGAGAGCGGGGCCUUCAUGUCCAAGCUGAUCAAACACACCAAGAAGCUGAUGGAGAAGGAGGAGAAACUGUGCAUCAAAGUGCUGCAGACGCUCAGAGCAAUGCUGGACAGGAAGGAAAUCUUCCAGGAGUCUGGAAACGAGUUACGGAAGAUCCUCCUCACUCGAUACUUUGGGAAUCAGAAGCUUCUGUCCAAGACGGAGCACAGCAUCGGAACCUCCCCCGGCUUCAAACCCUCUGCUGCAGCUGUGUCCCCGGUGUGUGACAUGGACAGGCCCUGCUCCUCUCUGGUGGAGAUCCAGUGUCUGUUGGACGCAGUCGGGGCCUCGGAGCUCGUCAUCGACCUCAUCGUCAGCACAAAGAACCACCCUGUGUUUAACGAGAGCAUCCUCCUGGGGAUCGCACUGCUGCGGGGCGGCAACACACAGAUACAGAACUCCUUCUACCAGCAGCUGUAUAAACAGAAGAAGUCCGAGCGGUUCUUUAAGGUGUUCUUCGACCUCAUGCAGCUGGCUCAGCAGGAGAUCAGGGCCACUGUCUCUGUCAAUAUGUUCGAGGUCAGCAGCAGGAGGAGGGAGGACGAGGGAGAAGGAGGCGCCAGAUACAAGAACGGGAGAGACUCGGGGCUCCACCUGAGGGAGGAGAUGCGAGGGCAGCUGAAGGAGGCGUCCUCUGUCACCUCCAAGGCCUUCUGCUCCUACAGGAAGGAGCUGGACCCUGACAUGGAGAACCCAGGCCCCAACAGCGAGGUCCAGGAGGAGGUGGCAGAGGAGACGCAGAUGUCCGCCUCCAUCUCCAUCAUGAAACCCAUCCUCCGAUACCUCCAGCUGCUCUGCGAGAACCACAACUCAGAGCUGCAGAACUUCCUCCGGAACCAGAACAACAAAACCAACUACAACCUGGUGUGUGAGACGCUGCAGUUCCUGGACUGUAUCUGCGGCAGCACCACGGGGGGUCUGGGUCUGCUGGGUCUCUACAUCAACGAGGGCAACGUGGAACUGGUCCGACAGACGCUGGAGACCAUCACCGAGUACUGCCAAGGACCUUGCCACGAGAACCAGUCGUGUAUCGCUCGACACGAGUCCAAUGGCAUCGACAUCAUUAUCGCACUAAUAGUGAACCCCAUAAACCCUCUGGGAAAGAACCGCCUGGACCUGGUUCUGGAGCUGAAGAACAACGCCUCCAAGCUGCUGCUGGCGAUCAUGGAGAGCCGCCAUGACAGUGAAAACGCAGAGAAGAUCCUCUACAAGAUGAGGCCCACUGAGUUGGUGGAUGUGAUGAAGGAGGCCUACACUCAGAGUCUGGAGAGCGACGAGGAUCAGGACGGAGCUGGAGACAAGAUCAAUCCCAGAGACGUGGGACACAACAUCUACAUCCUCGCUCACCAGCUGGCCAGACAUAACAAGAGUCUGCAGCAGAGUCUGAGGCCGGGGGCGGGGUCUGUGUUAUCCGCCGACAUGGACGACGAGAAGGAAGACGCCCUCCAUCACUAUGGCAACCACACGGCUCAGAUAGAGAUAGUGCGACACGACCGGACCAUGGAGCAGAUCGUUUUCCCGGUGCCGAACAUCUGCGAGUAUCUGACGGAGGAGUCCAAGCUGCGGGUCUUCACUACGACCGAGCGGGACGACCAGGGCAGCAAGGUCAACGACUUCUUCACACAGUUCGACAACCUGUACAACGAGAUGAAGUGGCAGAAGAAGAUCCGCAAAAACAAGGCCAUCUUCUGGUUCUCGCGGCACAUCUCCGUCUGGGGCAGUGUCUCGUUCUAUUUGGCAUUUCUGCUGAACGUGGUCGUCGCCGUGUUCUACCCGUUUGGUGACGAUGACGACGAGGGUACUCUGCCUCCGCUCUGGAACAUCCUGCUGUGGGUGUCUCUGGGAGUCUUCACCACUCUCCUUCCUGUUCUUCCCAAACCAUGGGGCAUUUUAUUCUUCCUGGUGUCCCUCAUCCUCAGAGCCAUCUACACCAUGGGUCUGCGACCAGCGCUGCUCCUGCUGGGCAUCAUCAAUCUCUUCAACAAACUGGUUUUUCUGGUUAGUUUUGUUGGAAACCAGGGAACGUUCACUCGUGGAUACAAAGCGGUGGUGAUGGACAAACUGUUCGUGUACCAUCUGGCCUACGCUCUCAUCUGUGUCCUGGGGCUCUUCGUCCACGAGUUCUUCUACAGCUUCUUGCUGUUCGACCUUGUGAUCCGCGAAGAGACGCUCCUGAACGUGAUCAAGAGCGUGACGAGGAACGGCCGCUCCAUCAUCCUCACCGCCAUCCUCGCCAUCUUCCUCGUCUACUUCUUCUCCAUCAUCGGCUUCUUAUUCUUCAAACACGACUUCCGUAUGGAGACUACAUCUGACCACACCUCCUCUGGUCACACCUCCUCUGACCACACCUCCUCUGACCACACCUCUCUGACCACACCUCCUCUGACCACUCCUCCUCUGACCACACCUCCUCUGACCACACCUCUUAUGACCACACCUCUUAUGACCACACCUCUUCUGACCACACCUCUUCUGACCACACCUCCUCUGGUCACACCUCCUCUGACCACACCUCCUCUGGUCACACCUCCUCUGGUCACACCUCUUCUGACCACACCUCCUCUGACCACACCUCCUCUGACCACACCUCCUCUGACCACACCUCCUCAGACUGCAUCUGACCACACCUCCUCUGGUCACACCUCCUCUGACCACACCUCCUCUGACCACACCUCCUCUGACCACACCUCCUCUGACCACACCUCCUCUGACCACACCUCCUCUGACCACACCUCCUCAGACUGCAUCUGA